UCGCUCUGAGGGGAAGAUACACAUUUUAGACGAUAAACUUAAUGGAUAAAUAUAGUCCUGAGUGUUAUUUAUCUUUAAUGCAUGUUAAAAGUUAUCAGUUUACAAAACGUUUUGUUUACUUUUUAAUGUUAAUCCAACAGUGAAGUAGGAAGUUGUACUAGAUAAUGAUAAAAGAUACUGAAUUAUUCAUAUAAUAUAUAUGUGCCAUAUAUUAAGGUCUUGGUAGAAUAAAGAAACAAGUUUCAUUUUCUAAUAAUUUUUUCGUCAUCCAGAGAGGAAAUUAUUUCACAUAUUCACCAUAUUGUUUUAGUCAUUAGCUUAUAAAUCAUACAGUAUUAUGUCAACUUACGCGGAAGUUAAGGACAGAAAAUUUAUCUUUUAACGAUCUUACUAACGAUCUCCAUACAUUCAAAAUGUGAGUUAUGCACUAUUUUGAUAUACACAUGUAGUAAAUGGACUAAGUAUAAAAUUGUGUUUUUAUCAAUCGUACAGGAUAUUGAUCAGGAUGGUUCUUUUUAGGUGAAAAACUGAUACAAAGAUCAAUGUUUAUAUCAAUGGUUUAAAUAUCAGUUUUCCAUGAUCAUUUCUUUAAAAAAAAAUAGUGUAACCAUGAAAGUCGUUUAAUGUAUUCUGCAGGAUUCAUUUGUAUCACUAUUUAACCUAUUUGGGAUAUAACGUUGUUUUCUUUUUUUUGCGAAAAGAAACCUUUAUACUUUUUUAACUGGAUGAAAAUUAGAAAAAAACACAAGACUUAGUUCUUUCAUUCGUCAAUCGAUGGUAUAAUGGAAAAACGACGACAUGAUAGAUAACGAUGACAUGAUCGGAAAAGAUGACUUGAUCGAAAACAAUGACAUGACGAAUAAAGCUGGCAUGGCAUGAUGGAAUCAGAAAAUAAAGACAUUUUUAUCGGUUCUCCGGGGUCGCGUGGUCAACCGGCAUUUUUCUCCAGUUCAGAAAAUAUUUAUAAACUGAAAGUAGUUCUUAUCGGUGAUGUUAACGUUGGGAAAACUUCUUUAGCAGUACGGUUUUCAAAGGACAAAUUUGAGGAGAAAUAUCAGCAAACUAUAGGUGCUAGUUUCAUUUCAAAGAUUGCAAUAGUUAAGAGUGACGUCAUCCAUUUCCAAAUAUGGGACACGGCAGGCCAGGAACGCUAUAAAAGUUUGGUUCCGAUGUAUCUUCGUGGUGCCCAUAUAGCCUUUGUUGUUUUUGAUAUCACGGAUCCUGGUAGUUUUGCACAUAUUGGGUUUUGGUUGGAUGCCUUGCGACAUCACUGUGAUAUGGUGACAAUAGUUCUUGUGGCCAAUAAGUGUGAUUUACAAUCGGCUGUCGAUGAAGAAAUGGCAUUGACAUAUGCAGAAGAACACGGGCUUCAGUUUGUGACAGCAUCCGCAAAAACAGGAUACAAUGUAGAAAGGCUGUUUCAUUCCAUUGGUUCUAAAGUGGUUGAUAAACUGAAAAGUCAAACAGUGACAUCUGUUGUACGAGACGGGAACAGUCGUUUAUGUACCGGCAAUCAGCCAAUACAUGUCGAAAAACAAGAUACCGACACUAGAGUUAAAAAGAAAAAGUGCUGUAAAACGUAAUUUUCAUUAAAGACAUUUUAUAUUUCAGUUUAAUGUAAUGACAUAUAACACAACAUAACAUGAAUAUAGUUGUAAUUAAGGCAUAGAUGUAACAUGAUUGUAAAGAGUUGUAACAUACCCCGUCAGAAAUUAAUUGUUUUUAAAAUUACGAUUUUUUUUACACCGACCGCGCAAUACGAGUAUACAGUAAAGGGUUCUUGGUGCAAAAAUUUUUACUCGCAUUGUAUGGCUUACGUUAUUAAUAAGUAAAGGAUCAAUUAAAUGGUUUUCAUUCUUAAAUCAAUCAUGUGAAACAAGGAAAUUGAUAUGACACAUUUUUUGGUUGUGAAACAUUUGGUUUACUUUUAAAUGCCUUGUAAAGUUCUUUUACUAAAUCUAAUGCAUCCAGAUAUUAUCUAAAAUUAAAUUUCCAAAGGUGUAUUUUUUAUUGUUGGUUGACAUGACGGAAUUUCAUGCGGGUCCAUAGCCGUACAGCUUGUUAUUUUUUUGUGUGAAUUGUUUUAGGUAUCAUUACAUAGUUUUUGUUCGCGGCAACUGCACAGUGUGCCGUCCACGUAUGAUCGGCACUAAAAGGUGGACGGGUCAUACACUGAUUAUUCGCCAUGUGUUAUUCAGAUCUCCGCAGAAUACCAACAAAAUGAAGUCGCCGCCAAUGAUAGUUUUGAGAUUGAAGCAUUAAGUCAAAUAUUCAUUUUAAAAACAGAAAAACAUAUUUUUUUGUAAUCACUGGCUUUAUAACUUGAAUACUGUUUAUGUACUUGUUAAACUGUCAGUGUGUGUGACCAGAAGCCAUAUGGCUAUAAGGACUUCUAGUUUCGUUUCCAUUUCCGAUCUGAAUAUUAAGACACAUGCAAUUAAAAGACCACUGGUGUAGUAACUGUACACAGGUUUGACUAUAUAUAUAUCGUAAAAUUAUAAAAUGACUUCACACGCUCGCUUAGUUUUUCUGAAAUUUUAAUAUAAAAGCCACAAACUAGUUUCGCCGUGAAAGCUCAUCAGUCCCUUGUUUCCUUGACGUCAACGUCAUUUCUAUUGAAUUAAUUCCCUUUCUCUUAUUGUUAUAUAUUUAGACACACUGAUGAGCCUUUCACGGCGAAACUAGUUUAUGACUUUUAUAUUAAAAUUUAAGAAAAACUAAGCGAGCGUGUGAAGUCAUUUUAUAAUUUUACGAUAUUUUGUUCCCGUCCCGGGUUCUUUUUUAUUUGUUAUAUAUAUACCAUCUUGUGCCGAGUCUUUUCAUUGUCAAGUUUAUAUAUCGCCGUGACGUCACACAUUAAUAUCUGUUUAUCUGGUGGUGGGCAAAACAAAUGUUUUUACAUCGUUUGUGUAUGGGAUCGGAAUUUUUAAUUUUUAUUCUAACACGAUCCGCAGCAAUUGCUAUAUAAACAUAUAGCGAAAUCGCCUAUACAUGAAUCUACGAUAAAAUAUGGUUGGCUGUUACAUUUCACCCCCCUAUGAUUAUAACAUAAGAGAUUCUACUUCAUUUCCAUUAAAUACGAAGUAUUUCAGGGCCAAACGGUUGAAAACAGAAUUACAAAAACAUAAAUAUAAUAAAAAGUCAUACUGACUUAUGUGUAGGUCCGUAAAACACGUUCUGAUCUCUACGAGUGAAUUCAAUUAGCUUAAUUAUGAUUCAGCGGUGACGUCAUAAAUGUAUGACAUAAAAUAUAACGUCAUAAUGAUGUGACGUCAUAUAAAAGUUAAGCUCGUCACUCGUAACACAGGGUCAACGCCUAAUUUGAUGAUUCUGAUAAUAAUUAGUUUGCGAGCUGUUAGAUUACUAAUUUAUGAAUACUUCUCAAAAUUCUGAUAAAAAAGAAACAAAUAUCAAUACGUUCCAUUAGCUAUGCAACACUUUCUAACCAUAGGGGGUAAUUUGUAACAGCAUAUGACCCGAAUGACUUAUUACGCUGAAAAUGUAGUACUGUAAAAUGCGAAUUAUUUGCGUUGUUAGAAUCGAAAUAAUAAAUAUGUUCCAAUAAUUUUAUCAAUUAAUAAAACAUGGGCAGUCGUUUGAAUGCGAAUAAUUAAAUCAUUCGUGCUACGCACUCGUGAUUUAAUUAUUACGCAUCCAAACUCCUGCCCAUAUUUUAUUAACUGAUAAAAUAUAGGAACAGAUUUAUUAUUUCUUAAAUAACUUUUUCGCUCAUUUAUGGAUUUUCAAAAUUCAAAAAGUUUUGAAAUACUUACAAUUUUCAUAUUUUCCUAUUCAAAUAUUUUUUUUUAAAAUGAAUAACCGUUUUAAAUGACAUAAUUUUAAUAGCGGCGUAGUGAUGUUCAAAACAUUUAGAAGCACUGUAAGUUAAGCGUUCAUAAUUAAUCCAGUUUAUUUCAAAAUAACUAUUAAUAGUAAUUAAUAAAUUGCUUGUUUUAAAACCUUUCUAUUGAUCAAAACAUUAUUGAUAUAAUUUGUUUUUUUUAGAAAGUUUGGGCCGUUAGAAAAAAACACUGUUUACAAAAAAAUAUGGACGUUCGGCUUCUGCCCACCCGGUCACUGUCUAAAGUUCUAAAAAUAGAAAAUACAACGGAUUUGUAUACUAGUACAAUCACGAUGAUCUCUUAGCGUUGUGAUUUGUUUGAACAAAAGAUAUUCUCGUCAUACAUUAUGUUUAAUGUUCAUGCAUAUUGUUUCAGUCAAAUAAAUAUUCAUACACACGAAAA